AUGUCUGGCCGUGGCAAAGGAGGUAAGGGUCUUGGAAAAGGCGGAGCAAAACGCCACAGGAAAGUGCUGCGUGACAACAUACAAGGUAUCACCAAACCUGCUAUCCGACGACUGGCUAGACGUGGUGGAGUUAAGCGUAUCUCUGGGCUGAUUUAUGAGGAGACGCGGGGCGUUUUAAAAGUGUUUUUGGAAAAUGUUAUACGUGAUGCCGUGACCUAUACGGAGCACGCGAAACGCAAGACUGUCACUGCUAUGGAUGUUGUCUAUGCUCUCAAACGCCAGGGUCGUACUCUUUAUGGUUUCGGUGGUUAA